AUGGCUAUGUCGUCAUCAUCGUUUAAUCUUUACUUUGUCUUCAUAGCUCGAGAACGUACAGGAAGAUUUAAUGUGACCAUGUCGACGAUUUUUUUUCUAUUAAUUUUUAUUAAACCAAUUCAUACGGCCAUACAACGAUUACCAUCGAUAUCAUUAAACGAGCAAAGUUCUAUUGGUACAUCAAUCUACGAUUUAACACGUGUUUAUCCAUCAUCAUCGAAAAAUCUAAUAAAAUUUUCCUUCCUAUACGAUUCAAGUCCACAUAAUUCAUUUUUUAUUGUUGAUUCUCUAACUGGACGUAUAUCUAUAAAACGUAUGAUUGAUCGCGAAGAACUAUGUCAAACACAUACAUGUAAUUGUGAACGAUGUUUAUUAACAUUGGAAAUUAUUGCAUCUGCAUCAAAAAAAAUUGAUAUCUUAUCAUUAGAUAUUAUUAUUGAAAAUGUCAAUGAUAAUCAACCCCUAUUUCCCAUAUCGACAUUUCAAAUUCGUUUAUCAGAAAAUACUGAUCUCGGAUAUGUUGCAUCAUUUCCGGCGGCAACUGAUUUAGAUUUUCAAGAUCGUCUUGAAUACCGUAUUGUACCAUUAGAUAUAUCAUAUAAACAGGAAACUUUAGAAACAUUUUCUAUUAUUAAUUUACAGACAGAAAAUCAACUUGGCUUACGUUUAUUAAAAUCUCUCGAUCGCGAACGACGAAAUCUCUAUAAAAUGAAAAUUUUAGCCAGUGACGGUCAACAUAUUGGUGCAUUGUCUUUAGAUGUUUUUAUUCUUGAUUCAAAUGAUAAUGUACCGAAAUUUGAACAUGAACAAUAUGAAAUUAAAUUACGAGAAGAUACUCCCAUUGGAACAGAAAUUAUUCAUGUACAUGCGUAUGAUGAGGAUGAAGGUUUAAAUGCAUUAAUUAAUUAUACAAUUAUGACGGAUAAUCCAUCGUCAUCUUUUCCAUUUCGAAUUAAUGUUACAACUGGAAUUAUUGAAUUAAUUCAAUUAUUAGAUUACGAAUAUGAAAUGAACUAUCGCUUUAGUGUUCGCGCUUGUGAUAAUGGACCUGAUGCAGUUUGUGUUUAUUCUCAAGUUGAAAUUGACAUACUUGAUGUAAAUGAUUGUCCACCUGAAAUUGAUUUUAUUCUACCAGAUAAUCAUUCGCAGAAAAAUAUUUUUUAUGUCGAUGAAGAACAAGAAAUUAAUACACGCUUAUUUCAUUUAAGUGUGAGUGAUAAAGAUUCAGUCAAUAAUAAAAUUAUAUUAAAAUUAUUGACACAUCAAAAUUUAUUUCAAUUAAAUGAACAAUAUAAUGAUCUAUAUAAUUUAAUUAUUAUCGGUAGACUUGAUAGAGAACAACAAGAAGAAUAUAAUUUAAUUUUCGAAGCAAAAGAUCAAGGAACAGAACAAACGUUAACAACUGAAAAACAUCUAACUAUUCGUUUAAUCGAUAUUAAUGAUUGUUCACCAAUACUCGAUGCAUACCCAACACCGAUUAAUAUCAAUGAAAAUAAUCCUUCAAAUAUUCAACUUAUUCAAUUUCAUGCACGAGAUUGUGACGCUGUAAAUACAUCGAAUAGUCUUAUUUCAUAUUCCCUGGUAGUUUCGAAUGAUUCUCAAUUUUUUCAUAUUGAUUCUCAAACCGGAAUAUUAUCGGUUAAAAAUAUUUCAUUCGAUUAUGAAUUAAAAAAUCUGUAUCAUCUAAUAUUAAAUAUAUCCGAUCACGGUAUUAAUCCUAAACGAUUAGAAACCUUACAAACAUUAACUAUUCAUAUAAAUAAUUUGAAUGACAAUAAACCAAAAUUUGAAAAAGAAUUCUAUUCAUUUAAAUUAUUUGAAAGUGUUCCUAUAGGAACAUUUGUUGGUCAAGUUAAAGCUAUUGAUUUGGAUUUAAAUUCAAUUAUGAAUUAUGAAUUAACAUCUAUCGAUGAUCAAAAUGCGUUCUAUGUAGAUUUUUCAACGGGUGAAUUACGUACAAAAAUAUUACUCGAUUAUGAAAUUCAUUCAAUUCAUCGUUUCUAUAUUACAGCUAAAGACAAUGAUGAUCUUCAUUCUGAUCGUGUGUCAGUAACUAUUCAAUUGAUUGAUGUAAACGAUAAUGCUCCAAUUAUUGAUACGCCAUCAUCUGUUUAUAUUCCAAGUAAAUUAUUAGAAAGCAAUGUCUCAACAACAAUCGUUAUUACAAACAUAAUUGCAAAUGAUCAUGAUUCAGGAAAAAAUGGAAAUUUAACAUAUAAAAUUAUCGAUGGAAAUGACAAUGGAUAUUUUCAAUUAAAUCUAUAUAAUGGAACAAUAAUUUCAGAUAUAAAUAAUUUACCACAGGGAUAUCAUCGUUUAACAAUAAAAGUAUGUGAUCAAGGCGAUAAAAUUGAAAAAUGUUCAACAGUAAUUAUAAAUAUUAAACUUGGAGAGUAUGCAGAGAAGUUAUAUUAUUCAGAUGAAAUCGUAGAAACAAAACAGUCAAUUGGCGAUGAGAAUAUCCUAACAAAUGAAAUGAUUUUUAUAAUUAUUAUUGUUUCAUCGAUAUUUACAUUAGUAAUCAGUAUUACAAUGGGCAUUGUAUGUGCUGUGUUUUGUAAACGAAAACAGUAUCAUAUUAGUCAUCGAUCAUCAUUAAAAGCGCAGUGUGAAUUACUUCAAUCAACAGAUGCUGACAAACUUCUUGCGACAAAUAAUAUAAAUACUUUCUCAUCAACAAGCAAAAAAUUGAAUGAACAUCAUCAUAUUGAACCCUAUGAUGAUAUCAAAGCCUCGGGCAGUGCAGUCAGUUCAGAAGAUAGUUGCUAUGGAAGUAAUGAUUUAUCAAGAUCAAGUUCCAGCGGACAUGGUGUUACGAGACCUCUUCUUACGCCUCAACAUCGUUCAUCAAGUCUUAGCUCAACUAGUGUUGAUUAUGCUAUUCCAGUUCCACGGCAACACUCAAUAUAUGAUAAUAAAUUAGAAAAUGUAGAUACACAACAAUCGAUUACGCAUACGAAUGUAAGCUUUUCACAGCAAGCACAUCAUCUAACAACAUUUCAUUCGCCAUUAUCAUCAUCAUCGAAUAAUUCUAAUUUAAAAAAGACUCUUCAAUCAUUCACUCGACGACCCAUUAUUAAUUUACAGUCAACAUAUUUAACUUAUGACUCAAUUGAUACCCCGCCAUCACUUCCGAAUCAGUCAUCAAUUUCAUCAUCAUCAACAGCUAGUACUACAUCAAGAGAAUACAGUAUUUGA